AUGUAUGUCUCGGAGGUCAUCUUCGUGUCCGUCUAUAGUUCCGAGUUCUGCAUGAAGCUCUACGUGGACCCCGUCGCCUACUGGAGGGACGGCUACAACCUGCUCGACGUCAUCAUCCUCGCCAUCCUCUUCGUCCCCUACGGCCUCCGCAAGGUCAAGGGCAAGCACUACCCCUACCUCAACAUUGCCGACGGCAUGCAGUCCCUGCGCAUCCUCAAGCUUAUCACCUACAGCCGCGGCAUCCGGACGCUCCUCACGGCCGUGGGGCAGACGGUCUACACCGUGGCCUCCGUGCUCAUCCUGUUCUUUGUCCUGAUGUUCAUCUUCGCCAUCCUGGGCUUCUGCCUGUUUGGAGCUCCAGAGCGGGGUGACCUGAAUAACUGGGGGAACCUGGCUUUAGCCUUCUUUACCCUCUUCAGCUUGGCCACGGUGGAUGGCUGGACAGACCUGCAGCAGCAGCUGGAUGACCGGAAUUUUGUUCUGAGCCGCACGUUCACCAUCACCUUCGUCCUUCUGGCCUCCUUUAUCUUCCUCAGCAUGUUCGUGGGUGUGAUGAUUACUCACACGGAGGACUCCAUCAAAAAGUUUGAGCGGGAGCUGAUGCUGGAGAGACACGUGACCCUCAUGGAAGAGAAGCAGGUGAUUCUGAAGCGGCAGCAGGAGGAGGUCAGCAGGCUGGUGCAGACACAGAAAAACGUUGACCACAAAAGUUUCGCUGAGCUGGUGGAGAACUUCAAGAAGACCCUGCGGCACACGGACCCCAUGGUCUUGGAUGAUUUUGGCACGAGCCUUCCCUUCAUUGAUGUCUACCUGUCCACUCUGGACAACCAGGAUGCCACCGUCUCCAAGCUUCAGGAGCUGUACUAUGAGAUCGUGCAUGUGCUGAGCCUGAUGCUUGAAGACUUGCCCCAGAAGAAGCAGUCUCAGUCCUCAGAGAAGGUUGAUGAGAGGUAGCUGGGUGCGAGCACCCAGGCUCUGAGGGCCUCGCCGGCCGUGACAGGUCCCCCAUUAAACCCAGGCUUUCUGUCAUGGUUGCUGUGAUCAUGACACGUCUCCUCUACCUUGGGAAGCUGGGCCUAUGGAAGCCAUGCGUGUGAAGCUCUGCCCUUGGCCUGGCCCAGUGCUGAGCUCAAUGUGAGUUAGCUGGGGUCAUACCGUGAGUAGGUGCCCACGCAGUCUGGCUCUGCCCCCCACUGACGUAGCCAGACUGUGGGGGUGGUGAUAGGGUGGCUCGAGGCUCACCGUGGCCAGAAGCCACACCUAAGGUCCACGCUGGCUCUGUCCUUGGCCCCAGUGGCAGGGACCCACUGAGCUCCUGGGGAACCCCUGAGGAUGCUGGACCAAGAGGGGCCUCCAGCAGCCCCCUAAGAGCACAUGGCUCCUUUGAGCUCUUGGAAGCCCUGCUGGGCUUGUCCACGUGGGUGUCCCCACACCUGGCACAGGUACAGCUCUCUCUGCACACCCAGAGCCUUGGAGACCCUCUUUGGAGUUUGACUCUUUUGUCCCAGGCUCACAGUGAUGCUGGUGCACCGGGGGUGCAGCCGUGACUGGCAGGACUCUGUUCAGUGGGCAUGCAGUGCACAGGGGGCCCCUCAUGCAGGGGCCAGGGAAGUGGCAGCCUCGGGCACUUUGAUCUGAUCCCUCCCCUUACACAUAGUUAGAACUCUUUACUUAAAAGGUGGCAUCUUCUGUCAUCCCUGGCCACAUGACUGCCGCAGUUGCCAAGGUCUUGGUACCACCCGAGUGCAGCCAUGAUGGAGCCAUCCGAAGGCCCAGGUGGGGCAGGCUGGCUGGCAUUCCUUGCCCCCCAAUGGCCAGGUCAGAGUCUGGCCAUGUCCCGUUGGCUCCCAUUGCUGGGAGUGUUCCUUAAGCCUGUUACCUUGGCAGUGCCCUCUUAGAGGAGAGGUGAGUUCUGGGUUCCCCUGCGGUGAGAGACUGCCUCCUGUAGCUGAGCGAGCGCGGAAAGGCCUAGACCCACCCUGGUGGGGAGAGGUCAGUAGAAAACGUGUAGGAUUGAGAGGGCUGGACGAGGGUCCCACGGGGGUGCCCAUGGGCUCCAGGCCCGUCUGAUGGCUCCCCUGAGGCCAGAGGACAAGGACCGGUAGAAGCUUUUACUCACGGUUUCAUUUAUACCCCGGCUACUAAUUCCUGAGCCGUACUGGGUGCUGGGGGUUCUGCGACGAGAAAGCCGCAGUCUUGUCCUGGCCUUCUUGGUGGCCAUAGUUGAGUAGGGCAGACAGUCCUCCAGCCAGAACGGCUGAGAGACAGUUUCCCUGGGCAAGUGACAAUCACUGUUUGAAUGCAGAGACUCUGUCAUCUAAGAUCCUCUGAUCGCUUGCAUUUGCAUACGUUCACACACAGGACAAGUUGAGCGUUGUGUGAAAUGGUGCCAAGAAGGGUUGCUCUGGAGCGUGGGACCCAUCGCCAUGCUGUGGGAAAGCCGUCUGAAGGCAGGGAGGUGGCCUCACUCCUUCCUGGGUGGAGAGAACUUUGUCCCGGUGCCCAGGGAGGUGGGCCUGAGCUCGCCUCUGUGCCGAACUGGGAGGUGUCUCUAGGCUGGGGGCUUCCAGGGGAGCCCUGGUGGGUGCAGCCCUGUCAGCAGGGCACCCAGGCCUCAGGCAGUGGCUCUGAUUCAGGGCUGGGACAAGGCAGACCUCGCCAGCUGCCCACACUGAAGGUGCCAGUGUUGCUUGGGAAAAUGUGCCGACACCUCCACCUGCUCUCGCUAGGAAUCAUGGGAAUCGCCCCAGGCCUCUGGAAGUGAACAAAAGGUUUAAAAUUUCCCACAAAGGGAGUUCCUGUCGUGGCUCAGUGGUUAACAAA